AGUAAGGGCAUCCUCGAAAAAUGUUUAUUUAUGUAUGGGUGCUUUUUGUUUUGAGAGCAGCUCUCAACAAUGAACUAAGGCAUUUGUCCCUUUGCUUAAUCAUAUGAUGCAAAUAAAAAAAAAAAAUUCUCCAUUUUCAUUAUUAAUAUUUUGUCAAACGUGUUGCCGUGGUUAUAUCGAGUCCACGGCUAGAUGGUAAAAUUCAAAAACACUAAACGAACACUCUGCUCGUUUGGUCUGUAAUCGAUGUUUGUCCCGUGCGCUGAGCGGUUGAAGUUGCUUAGCAACCAAAGACGCCAAAAGCAAUCUGACAGACGCAGCGAAGGCGCAUUAUUUAUAACAAAUAAAAUCAAACCUGGCAAUAAUAAUAUCACACAAAAUCACGAGAACAAAUUGAAAUGGCGGACACUGACCCAACAUGUUUGGCAUCCCUUACUUACUAUUGCCAGGAGAAAUACUACCGACAUGUAAUGAAGAUUGCAAGUGAAUAUCUGAAAAGCUACAUCAACGACCCAGUGCUGCUGUUUUUUAAAGCCUAUGGAAUAUUAAUGGAAGGUCGUACCCAAGAAGCCAUUAGAGAGUUGAAUCAAGUAAAGCACAAAACAGAUGUGUCCCUUUGUUCCACUAUGGCCCUCAUUUAUGCUCACAAACAAAGUGAAACUGUUGACCGAGAUGCCGUUGUGGAACUAGAGAGUGAAUUGAAAAUAAACAGAAAGACUGCUCGAGAGAAGCCUCUGUACUAUGCUGGGAUGUUUCUGUGGCUGUUGGGGCGCAGUGACAAAGCCAAGGAGUAUAUUGACAGGAUGCUGAAGAUUGCAGACUCAUCAAGAGAGGGUCUUGUUCUUAAAGGAUGGAUAGAACUGAACUCUGACAAGGAGUUUAACAGAAACAAAUCCAUCAGAUAUUUUGAUGACGGAGUACAAGACUCGAAAGAUGCGAUUGGCUUGAUGGGAAAGGUUAAGUAUUUCAUGAAAAGACAGAAUUAUGCUGGAGCCCAUGAAAUUGUGAAUCAGAUUGUUGUCUCGCAUCCCAGUUUUCUGCCAUCACUGAUCAUAAAGAUGAAGCUGUUUCUAGCACAACAAGAUUGGGACCAGGCGCUUGAAACAGCCCAGAGAAUUCUUCAGAAAGACAGGACUAAUGUGGACGCUCUCCAGACUCUGGUGGUUCACAGACUUGCAAAGGAUGGCAACCUUGCUAAGGCUGCUGAUUCUGUACGAGAGCUGAUUAGUGCACUUGAGACUGCUGAGCCUUGCAAUGCAAGUCUUCACCUGCACAUCAUAACUCCUAUUAGCAGACUGUGUGGAAAGAACCCAGCAAUUCAGUCCCAGAUAUAUGGGUUAGCUCAGCGUGCAUUCCUGAUGGCUCCCACUGAUGCAGACAUUGCAACUGAGGUGGGCUACCUGCUCACCCUGCAGGGCAACAUCCAAGAAGCUGCAAAAUGGUACUCAAAUGCAGUGAACCUGGAUGGAAAUAGUUUACCUGCUCUAGCAGGCAUAAUUCGAUGCCAGCUCUUGGAAGGACAGCUGGUGGAGGCAGAGCAACAGCUGGAAUUCCUCAGGGAAGUUCAGCAAUCCAUUGGGAAGUCAAGGGAAGUGGUGUACCUUCAGGCAGUACUGGCUUCCAAGCAGGGCCAAGAUGAGGAGGCAGUGAGCACCCUGCUGAAGGAAGCUCUGGAGCUGCACUUCUCUGCCCUGGAAGGGCUUCCACUGGGAGGGGAGUACUUUGAGAAACUCAACCCUGCCUUCCUGCUCGAGGUAGUGAAAGGGUAUUUAGACUUCUGUCCAAACAAGCCCUGGAUCCCUGGCCAGUCCUUGCCCUUUGUGCUGAAGCACUCAGCUAUGAUCCUAGACCCAGUGGUUAAAGCUGCCCCUGCUCUGCUGGAAGCUGUCUAUCUUUUGGCCAAAGUUAAAUAUCUCUCAGGUGAUUUUGAAGCAGCCCAGAGCUGCUUACAGCGCUGCCUGGAACUCGACAGCACCUUUGCAGAGGCACACCUUCUAAUGGCUCAGGUUUACCUCUCCACGGGGGAUUUCAAACAGUGUUCGCACUCUCUGGAGAUGGCUGUCAGCUACGACUUCAAGGUUAGAGAACUACCUGUUUACCACUUCAUCAGAGCCAAAGCACUUAAGAAGACAGGCAAUCUUCCAGAAGCCAUCAAAACCCUGCAGAUGAUCCUGAAUCUGCCGGGGAUGAGGAGAGGUGGAGCUGGGAAAGCAGCAGGGGCCCCCAGCAGCUCUAGCGACCGUGUCUCUGUGUACCUGGAGCUGGCAGAGGCUCUGUGGCUAAACGGGGAGCAGCAUGAAGCUACCAAGAUAAUGCAAGAUGCCAUUGCUGAGUUUACUGGAACCCCUGAUGAGAUGCGUGUAACUCUUGCUAACGUCGAUUUAGCCUUGAGCAAAGGAGACACUGAGACUGCUUUGAGUGUACUCAGAAACAUCACACCCACUCAUCCCUACUACACUGAGGCUAAAGAGAAAAUGGCAGAUAUUUACCUGCAUAAACGGAACGACAAGGGACUCUACAUUGGAUGCUAUAGAGAAUUAUGGGACCGGGUGCCAGGUGCACAUUCAAGUCUUUUACUGGGGGAUGCUUAUAUGAAAAUCCAAGAGCCUGAAAAAGCCAUUGAGAUGUAUGAACAGGCACUAAAGAAGAACACAAGAGAUGCAGUCCUGGCAAGCAGGACAGGCCAGGCUUUAGUUAAAACCCACCAAUAUAAUAAGGCUAUUAAUUACUAUGAAGCAGCGUUAAAGAUCAAAGGGCAGGAUUUCCUGUAUCAUGACUUGGCAGAGCUGUUUCUGAAACUCAAGCAAUACGACCAAGCCAAGAAACUUCUUCAACAGGUUUUGGAGCAUGACUACGCAAACGAUUUGACUUUGAUGAUGAAUGGCGUCAAGUAUUUAAUUCUUCUGGCAAAGGUGUACACACAGUCAGGAGACCUGAAAGAGGCUAUAGAAACAUUAAGCAAGGCUUAUGAUGUUCAGUCCCGAGUUCUGAGACGUCUCUCAGUAGAUCAGCCGGAGAGGAUGCCCUCCCAGAGAAAAGUGGCUUCUUUAAUAUGUUCUCAGAUAGCCCAGCAGGGACAGGCUUUGAAGGAAUAUGAAAUGGCUAUCAAAUAUUACAAGGAGGCUCUGACGUACUCUGAAGCUGACAGCAAAAUAAUGCUGGAGUUGGCUAAUCUAUACCUGGAGCAAGGAGAUGUGGAUUCUUGCCAGCACCAAUGUGCGAUGCUGCUCAAGAAGGAAGAUGACAAUGAAGAUGCUGCUAUGAUGAUGGCAGACCUCAUGUUCAGAAGACAAGACUAUGAGAAAGCAAUACUCCAUUACAGACAGCUGAUGGAAAGAGCAUCAGGUAACUUUUCAAUCUUGGCCAAGCUAAUUGAUUUACUGAGGAGAACUGGUAAACUCGAUGAUGCACCAGCGUUUCUGGAAAUGGCAGAAAAGACAUCUACCAGGUCUACUCUUGAACCAGGCUACAACUACUGCCAAGGGCUAUAUUUGUGGCAUAUGGGACAGCCGAAUGAGGCACUGAGGCAUUUGAAUAAGGCCCGUAAAGACACAGAGUGGGGACAAGAUGCUGUGUACAACAUGAUCCAGAUAUGUCUGAAUCCAGACAAUGAGACCAUAGGAGGAGAAGUGUUUGUAAGCAUUGACGAGGAAACCAGCAACAGCAACAAUCUCUUGAAAGAAAGACAAGAGUCAGAGGAGAUGGCAGUGAGGACAGCACUGAACUUACUGAAGGAGUAUCACCCACGCACGCUGCAGGGAGAGAAGCAAGUGCUUCUGCUUCAGAACUGCUGCUUGAUGGCUUCCAAAGACAAGACCAAUGUUGAGAAGGCUCUCGUUGCAUUCACUGAAAUGGCUUCAUCUGAGAAGGAGCAUGUGUCAGCCCUCCUGGCUAUGGCACAAGCCUUCAUGAUCCUGAAGCAGACUCCCAGGGCCAGGAACCAGCUGAAGAGAAUCACAAAAGUAGCCUGGAAUGCAGCCGAGGCUGAAGACCUGGAAAAGUGCUGGUUGCUGCUGGCUGACAUUUAUAUACAAUCUGGCAAAUAUGACAUAGCAACGGACUUGCUGAAACGCUGCCUACUGUACAACAAGUCUUGCUGUAAAGCAUUUGAAUAUCUGGGCUUCAUUAUGGAGAAGGAGCAAUCUUAUAAGGACGCUGCAAGUAACUAUGAAAUGGCCUGGAAAUACAGCAACAGGGUGAACCCAGCUAUAGGUUACAAGCUUGCUUUUAAUUACCUGAAGGAUAAGAAAUACACAGAGGCAAUACAUGUCUGUCACAAGGUUUUGACUGACCACCCUGAUUACCCAAAAAUUCGAAAAGAUAUCCUGGAAAAAGCCCAGUUCUCUCUUAGGCCAUAAGAUAAGGAUGCAUGUAUAUUGCCAACAUAGUAAAAAUAUUUGGGACAGAAUCAUUUCUCGACUCAUUUUAAAAUGUGUUUAUUAAAUAUUUUGUUGUGUAAAAAUGGGAUAACAUUGUGUGUAAUAAACACGUAGCCCUUUGCUGCCCAGUGUCCAGUCUAUUGAGACAAUAGUUAUUGAAUAGGUAUGGGAACAUACCCAGGGCAGUGAAGGGUUAGGAUUACAAUCAAACCGAAACAAGUAGCAGUAUUCCAUGUUGUAAAAGAGCAAUGUUAUACUCUUAUUCUGCAGCUGCUUCGCUAUGCAAUUUGAUAUAUGAUGAAUAUAGCAGCAAGAUUUAGCCUAUAUUUCCAUGUCUGUUUAACACCACCAAACUAUUGAUAUUAUUAAAAAUAUAAUGUAACCAUGUCUCUGAUUUGAUAUUUCUAAGCCUGGCUUCUAUGCUCCAUUGAUAUGAAAAAUGAAAUAUUUACCCCUGUUUUUUUCCCCCAGUUUUGAAUGUCUGUGGCAAAGUGGUAGAUUGGUAGCAGGUGUAUAGCAGGUGCAGUGCGGAUGCAGUAAUUCCAAAUAACAAACAGACCACAAAGUACGGGUGAAAUGAGGGUUUUAAUGAUUAGAAAUCCAAGUGUCUGAUGACCAGCCAGAAAACAAUAAUGAGCUGGCAAUACACAGCGAUGUGUAUUGUGAAGUAAUAAAAAAGGGGUUGCAGUCCCGCAAACAAUAAACACGGUACAAAACACACACAAUUAGACACACACGAUCACAGGUCCAAAGUGAGUGCUCUCAGUGCUUGUGGUAAAGUACAAUAUAUUACGUGCUAUUGGUGAAAACAAGUGCUGUGGUGAUCCGGCUUUGUGCUGGACCCUGGCGACAGCUCCGGAUUUGUUUAGCCGUCUAGUGCUAUUUAACAAAAAAACACAGACAGUUACUAAACUGAAAACAUCAACAAAACACUCACAAACUCUCUAUUUCAGUUUGGGGAUAUCUCCCGGUCCUUCCAGUCUCCUCGUAACACUGAAACCCAAGCGAAGAAAAAGAUUUACAAUUCUCCGGCCCCUUUUAUGCGUUUAUGCAUGACCCCUUGGUAAACGAUUACAGCUGACUCUAUUGCUUGCAGCUGCUACCUCAUUUACCUUCCAGGUCAAUACGUUCCCGCAUUGGAGUCUCGUCUUUUUCCAGGCUGACUGACCUCCCGACCAAGAGAAUAAACUGUCAGACCUGUCCAAAGCCUUUCCCUUUAGCUACUUAGUACCCUCACAGGUCGAGAGGAUUUACAACCAGAACUCAUUAUAUUUCCGUCACAGUCUAAGUAUGUUCCCACAUUGCAGCAAAUUCCCAAAACAGCUCAGAAGAAGUGAAAGUCAGUGGCAGUCCUUGAAUCCCACAUCCAAGCCAAUCACCUCUUUCCACCCAGGGGCUCCCCCCCGAGUGGACCUCUAUAGAGCUACCAGCUCCUGGAGGAGUGCAGGUGUGUGCUUGAGCUCACAGUGUCUGGACAGUAGGGUCCUCAGUAGAGCUAUCAUCUCCUGGAGGAGUGCAGGUGUGUGCUUGACCUCACAGUGUCUGGACAGUAAGGUCCUCUGUAGAGCUACCAGAAGUCAUUUUUAGGGCAAAAAAUGGUUUAUUAUUAAAUAUCCUUAUGCCAAAGUAGUCCCAUUUAUUAUUUUAUUAUUACUUAUUUCUUAGCAGACGCCCUUAUCCAGGGCGACUUUCAAUUGCAAAAAAUGUGGAUACGGAUACCUGUAAGAGUAAAAUCAAAUACAAGAUACAGUGAAUAGUUAUAAUUAAGAGCAGUAGUUGAAUACAGCAAGGUAUGUAGCAGUUCAGUGAAAGUACAGUUGGGUACCAUAUAGUCCAGUACAGUCGAGAUUUUGAACUUUGAACUACACACUAAGUUAAGCUGAGUAAAUUGAUUUAAUUGAAACAUGCAAAAGUAAGUAAAUAUAUUUUACUUGUGUUGAAUUGUACAUUGUCAUUGAAAAGUUUCACCAGGAGUAGGGUGGCCAUCUGGCUCCAGAUUUACCGGACGCUUUGAGACAGAACGGAUUUUCAGAAUUCCUCUGAAACUGAAAGUAAUUGAUGUGUAAAUUAUCUACACCUUUGCUGAGAUUAAUCCUGUGGCAGAAUUGCUGUGCAUAGCAAACAAGUCACACUGAUCAGCUGCUUCCCAUCAGAUCAAUAAUGAUUAGCUACAGAUGAAUAGAUGAGAAACGGGACCAUGCUUUGCUUGGGAGAGUAUUUGCAUAUUAUUGCCGAUUGACUAUCUACGAACAGAAAAUAAAUAGCGACUAAGUGUCUGCAAAAAAAUAAAUUCAUUCUUAUUAUAAUUAUAGAAUUGUUUUGUCACAAAUAAAUCUAAAACCUGUUUUCCCUUGUACAUGGUGCGAUCACCUUUUUUGAGUGAAAGGUGUAUGCGGCAGAGAUAGAUGUCUCUUUGAUAGAAACAGUUUAAUAUAUCUGAAGUCUUCCCACUGAUGAUGGGAAUGGGAAUGCAGAGAUGGAAGCUCUGCUAACAAGAUUUAAGUUUUUGCAGGUAUCAGGCUUUUAAAGACACACCUGUGGUGACUUUGACAGACUCACUGAGAGCAGAAAUUGACCCAAGACUGUGACAGCUACUGGAAGCAGGCUGAACUUUGGGAUACAAAUUGAACAUUUGUGAAACUGCAUGUGUGUUAAAAUGUUGUAAUAAGUGUACUGUGUUUUAAAGAAUAUAAAGCCAGCUGAAAUACUAAACACAUUGUUAAAACACACUGUUCGUACAAAAAGUUACUAUAUGCUAUGUAUUAACCUAUAGUUAUGUGAGAGCUUUCUAUAUUCCUGUUUAUUCUGUUAUAACAGUGAGAAAUAUUAUUGUAUCUUUGUAAGUCUGAGUAAAAAGGGAGCUAGGUUGGGGUCACACUGACCAAAAAACACCUGUGAAAUGAGCUAAGCUUGUCUUUGUCUGAGCUACUGGUGCCAAGGUUUAUAACCUUGAGCAGAAAGGCAGACGUGAGCAUCAAGUUUCUUAUUUAGAGAAGUAAGCUUGAUCUGAAAGUAGUGUUUAAGCUAAACACAGGUAUUCUAGAAUAAUUCAAACAGAAUAUACAGUAAGUAUAAAUGUUUUAUUUCAACAGAAGAACUGUAAGAGUUUGAAACUAAGAGAAUAUAGUGCAGAAAUGGACUUAAAGUAAAAACUUCAGUCAAAGCAGAAUGGUACCAGUCUGUGUCAGGCAUAUAGUAGGCUUGCCAAAGAGA